GUGUGUGUGUGUGUGUGUGUGUGUGUGUGUGUGGGGGGGGGAGGGGUUCAGAGUGUGUGAGAAAACCGGUACAAAACAGAUAUGUUGAAAAGAAAGAAAAGAAAAUAAACAGAAGAGAAGUAACAGAAACGAAACAAAGGAUAGAAAACUCAAAAUGAACAUACUUGUAAUAAUAGAAAUAUUCAAGUGAAGUCUGAUAUAGCAGCGAACAAUGCAGGAAGAACCAAAGAACACUUCGAAAUUAGGAGCUAUUCGAAAAAUCCGUAAUGCCAGUACGCCAAUUAUUACAAGAACUCAAUUGGAUACCUCAUCCAAUGUUUCCAAAGUCACCUCUCGUAGCAGAGUAACUAUGAUGCCAAGUGAUAUUGCACAGUCGCGAAAAAUAGAGAAGAAGAAGAACACUGUAGGCAAGCAAUCAAUUAUACCAUCGCAGUUGUCGUUGGAUACAACACAAAGGAAAAUAGAUACUGAAUCUAAAGAAAUAGAACUUGGACUUCUUUAUGAUGCAUAUUUACAAACUAUAAUGCUGGAUCUUAUAAUGAAGAAGAAAACGGAAGAGAAGAAAUGUCUAUUGAUUACACAAUUAGCCACUGUGGCACAAGAGAUUGAUCAAGAUACGAAAAAAUUGAUUAAAAUUAAAACAAGGGAACGCGAUAUAAUAAAUUUAAGUUUAGCUCAAAAAGAGACAGAUGCUCAAGUGACUGCAAUAACAAAAUGCACUAGAGACGAAACAUUUAAAAUUGUAAAAGAUGUGUUAUCCAAAUUAUUAUCUCUCUUAGAACCUCUGGAUGUAUUGCGAUGUAAUGGCAUAAUACUUCCUAAAACGCAGGAAGAAUGGCAGGAGGCUCUAGAAGUGUUACAAAAAUGUUCAAAUGUUUUAAAGGACAUCACAAAUCUAAUUCAAUCAAAAGGCGAAACGUAUUGUACAGUUAAUGCUGAACUGAAGAAUUUUGCUGAAAUAUAUGAUAAAAUAGAAAAUGUUCAAAAGAAAUUGGAAGAAGCCUUAUGUAAUUUACAAGUAUUGAUAUUAAAGAAUGCUUCACUCUCAUUAACGUGUAAUGAAACUGAGUAAACGGAGGUGUGUUAUGAAUAAGUUACUGUGUAGAACAAUAGUAUUGAAUAAUAUUACAAAGUAUAAGAUUGAAUUCGGAACUUUUCUGUACAAGUGUUGUGUAAAGUGCAUUGUAUAUUGUAAAAAUUAAAAAAAAAAUGAAACUUAAUUGAAAAUAUAUUUUAUAUAUUUUUUGCAAAA